CCAAGUUUCAUAACGAAGAACAGACUCUAGAAAAAAUGAUUAGACAGGAAAUAAAAGUUGAGAAAAUGAAAAGUGAUAUGCAACUUACGGAACAACGAGUACUCGAUGCUUUAGAGAAACUGAAAACGGAAAGAAGUGAAUUCAAUAAGGAUCUUAUGAAAAAAGAAGGUGAUAUUGAAGUGCUUAAGACAAAAAUGGACGAGGAGCUGAAGGGGAUGAAAGUUAAAACUGACGAAACAAUGGAUAACUUUUCAAAAGAAGUACAGACAAUACAGGAACUGGCAUUUACGCCAAUUAUUGCAUUCAAAGCAGACACGGUCGGUGAUAGAUCGUUAGAAAACAACAAGGUGUUUGUCUACUCAAAUAUCAUUCUUAACAUCGGCGAUGCUUAUAACAAAGACACUGGUGUGUUUGUGGCACACGUUAGUGGAUUAUAUCUGUUUACAGCACUGGUCUGUUUGAUUGACAACAGUUGGGUUUUAGUUGGAAUCACUGUGUUUGAUACACCUAUAUCUAAAACAGCGUUUGGAGAUAAGAAUUGGUGGAAAUGUUAUACCAUUAAUGCAAUUACAGCGGUUGAAAAAGGAAACGAAGUUUUGGUAAAAUGUACAGCUAACUGUGAAAGCAAUGAAAAGUUACACGAAGACACAUACGCAAUAAACAGCUUCUCUGGCGUUCUUAUCCAUAAAACAGUUUAAAUAACUACCGUUUUGGUGUCAGUUAUAUUUACAUUUAAUGUCAGUUAUAUUUCCCUUUGGUAUUAGUUAUAUUUACUUUUAGUGUCAGUUAUAUUUACUGUUGGUGUCAGUUAUUUACUAGUAACUUUCAUUCUAAGCAAACUUUUUUUGUUCGUAUAAAAUUUUAACCUACAU